AUGCUGUGGGAUCUAAACCGACUCGAGUUUUUGAGAGAGUUAUCAACUGGCCCUCCAAUUAGCUGUGCCCGGAUAAAUGAUGUAACUGGAAAUAUCGCCGUUUGCCGUAGCAAUAUGGUUUGUCUCUAUACGUUAAACGGCACUCUUCUUCUCGAAAGACCCGUCUGCGAACAGUCGGAUGAUAACGUCCUCUCCUGUGCUUUCUAUGAAGGGGUUGGCAAUGAGUGGUUAGAGCGUGAACUAUUUUUUACUGGCCAUCGGAAAGGACUGGUGAACGUAAGUGAUCGAUUCGGUGCACACUGUCUUCUUUGUUUUACCAAUUAUAGUUACUAA